AUGCACAUCGCCAUCCUCGACGCGGACAUCCCCGUCCCAGCCGUCUACGCCCGUCGCGGACUCUACUCCUCUCAGUUCAAAAAACUCCUCCAAGAAGCCGCUGCACGAGUCCAUGAGUCUCCUUCACAGAUCCACACGACAGCCUACGACGUCGUAGGAGGCUGCCUUCCCUCCUUAGACAGUCUACGCAAGCAACCUCAUUCCCCCUCCACCACCACCACCGUCGCCACCAACGGCGCCAGCGACAACAACUCAAACACCAACCCCCUAACCCACCCCAUAGACGGCAUCCUCAUAACCGGUUCCAGCUCCGGCGUCUACGCAACAGCCACCCACCCCUGGAUCACGCCGCUCCAGACAUUCAUCCAAACAGUCUUCACAUGCUACCCGCACGUCCGGCUCUUCGGCGCCUGCUUCGGCCACCAAAUCAUCGCGCAAGCCCUGCUUUACCCAUCCGUGCACGUCGAAGCCUGCCCCGCGGGGUUCGAAAUCGGCCCCGUCGACAUCUCGCUGUCUGAGCCGUUCGCGCGCGCAUUCGCAGGCCCGUUUCGCGACCUGCGCGCGGGGCCGGAGUGCAUGCGGUUGCAGAUGGUUCAUGGGGAUUGGGUUGUUCCUGCCAGUCACAAGUACCACAAGAAUGAAGAGGAAGAGAAGGGGUGUGGGGGGUUGCCAUCCCCGUGGGUGAAUGUGGGAUCUAGUGCGGCCUGUGCGGUGCAGGGUCUGUAUUAUCCUGGCCGGGUGUUGACGUUCCAGGGACACUUUGAGUUUGAUGGGUUUGUGAACCGCGAGACGUGUAGGGAGUUUGGGAGGCGGUUGGAGUGGGGGGAGGAGAGGAUCGGGAGGGUUUUGGAGGAGAUUGGGGGGAGUGGGGAUGAGGCUGGGGUGGAUGAUUCGGAGGUGGCUGCUGAGGUUGUUUUGAGGUUUUUUGAGGGGAGGGAUCAGGGUGUUUAA